UGAGUUUAAAGGCAGUGUGCAUUUCGAGGUCAGUUUCCUGUGCAGGUCAUGAUGGAUCGAGCAGCUCUCCGGCUGAUUCUCUUGUGCGUCUUUCUCAUCUCAGCCACUUCUGAUCCUGUUAAGAAGAAACAAAAUGUGGAUAUAUACAGCUUCUACAUUAACUCCACGGUCACCAGUCGCUACGCCACAACAGUCAUCACAAGCCGUGUUGCGAACACACUGAAUGAAUCUCAAGAGAUCCAGUUUGAGGUCAAGAUUCCCAAGAAUGCCUUCAUCAGCAAAUUCAGAAUGACCAUAGAGGGAAAAACAUAUGAUGGGGUUGUGAUGGAAAAAGAGGAAGCUCAACAGCAAUACAAUCAAGCAGUAUCUCGAGGACAAAGUGCUGGACAGAUCAAAUCUGUUGGAAGGACUUUAGAAGACUUUAAAACCUCAGUGACAGUGGCUGCUUUUAGUAAAGUGACCUUUGAGUUGACCUACGAAGAACUGCUAAAGCGUCGCCUCGGCAAAUAUGAGCUACUCAUCAAUGCCCAACCGAUGCAGCCGGUGGCUGACUUCAAGAUGGAUGUGCACAUCCAAGAGAAACCAGGAAUUUCCUUCUUGGAGGUGAAAGGAGAUUUGAGCACUGGUGAUCUGGCCAAUGCCAUCAAAACCACCAGAGCAGACAAAGACGCAUGGGUGACCUUAUACCCCACUCAAGAUCAACAGACCAAGUGUAAAAGCUGUGGAGAAAAUGGGUUGAAUGGAGACCUGCUUGUAACGUACGAUGUUGAGAGACGAAAUCCCAAAGGAGAAGUCAUGGUAUCAAAUGGCUAUUUCGUCCACUACUUUGCACCCUCUGAUGUUCCACGUAUUCCCAAAAAUGUGGUGUUUAUCAUUGACCGGAGUGGCUCUAUGCACGGCAGAAAAAUAGACCAGACUCGUUUGGCACUGCUACGGAUUUUGAGUGAUCUUGAUGAGGACACCAACUUUGGAUUGAUCACCUUUGACAAUGAAGUUAGCUUAUGGAAACGUGAACUCCUCAAAGCUACUGAGACAAACCUGGAGAUUGCGAAAUCUUUCGUGAAGGAGAUCGGAGAUAGAGGAGCCACGGACAUAAACGCUGCAGUUCUAGCAGGAGUGGACAUGAUCAGUCGACAUCCACGAGAGGGAACAGCCUCCAUCCUGAUCCUGCUGACUGAUGGAGAUCCCACUUCAGGUGAAACCAACAUAGAGAAGAUAAUGGCCAAUGUGAAAGAGGCCAUUGGGACAAAGUUUCCCCUCUAUUGUCUUGGCUUUGGAUAUGAUGUAAACUUUGACUUCCUGACAAAGAUGUCACUGGAAAAUGGUGGAGUUGCUCGCAGGAUUUAUGAAGAUUCGGACGCUGAUCUACAGCUGCAGGGCUUCUAUGAUGAAGUUGCGGUCCCUCUCCUCACUGAUAUUCAACUUAAAUACCCAGGAGGGACAAACCUUACCAAGACCAGCUUUAGCUUGUACUUCAAUGGCUCUGAGAUUGUGGUGUCAGGACAAAUCACAGACAACAGUGUGGAGAGUUUCACCACUGAAGUUAUCGCAGUAUCAAAAGGCAGUAAUGUGACGUAUCAGGACACUAUAAUCACAAAAGACCCCAGUGAUGUCCCUCCUGAGAAUGAAGAUUUCAUGCAGAGAUUGUGGGCCUACCUUACAGUGAAGCAGCUUCUGGAGAGACAGGUGCUUCUUAAAGGACAAGAGAAAGAGGAUGAAAAGGAGCAAGCUCUUGAACUCUCCCUGAAAUACCAGUUUGUCACUCCCCUCACCUCUAUGGUUGUUACCAAGCCACAGGAGGGUGAAGUGGAAGUUGCCGACAAACCCAAAGAGGGAGGAGAGCCGCCCAGACCUCCAGUAAUGUACCCCCAUCUUACAACGAGUCGAUUAAAAGGAUUAGCAUAUGGAGGUGGUGGUGGUGCUCCUCAUGUGCUUCAUCGUCAAGGGCUCCGUGGUGGACGAUAUCACCCUAAUCUUUAUCAUGCUGCAAUCCCAAGCGUACUAUUUCCGGAAUCUGACGAACAAAUGCCCACGGUUACAAGUAGAGUAGUUGUACUUUCUACAAUGUCAGCUCCACCAGCUCAUAGCAGUCGUUUCCUGCUGCCUGUUGUUGGUCAGUCUAAGCCGCUUUGUUUUGACGUUCCUGUUCCUCACAAACUCCGACUCCUACAGGAUUCAGCUUCAGAGUUCUCUAUGAAUGGAGAAUCCAUGACUGGACAAAAUGGAUGUCAUAAAAUUGCAUUUCAUUACAAAACAAACCAUCAUCUGACAAUAAGCACAACGUCUAUCAGAUACCACGACGGCCAGAAUCAUGUUGAGUUUCUGUGGGGCCAGGAACCAACCCAACACAAUACAGAGGACAUGUCUCUGAUUCUACGGACUAAUGAAAUAGAUGUCACCAUGGGAAAUAUCCGUGUCAUUAUUCUGCUUCACAAGGAAAACGGGGACAUGUUUCUGUGGCCUGCUGUUCAGCAACAGCCAAAAGAUGUCAAGUUGACAGGCAUUUUAGGAAAAACCGAUGCUUCAUAUGAGGAGAUUCAAGGAUCACAAACACCAGCUCUAAAGAUAAAUGACCAGGAAGUGAGCGCAAGCUGGGUGGAUGCCACAGACUACAGACUUUCUUCAAAGCCGGUUAUCAAAUGCUGGCUUGUCUCGUUCUACGCUGCGAUGCAGAGAGACAUUUCUGAUUUUACUGUCACUGAGCUGUAGAGUUCAAAGCUGGCAAACGAAGCAUGUUUCUAUGUAAAUUAAUUCAUUGACAUAAAAACAAUGUGUUAGAAUCUGGAUUUUUUUCCACUUUGUUAAAAUCUAUUUAAAAUGAUCGCUCUUUAAAAUCGCAAAUGAUUUAAUGAGCAUUUUAGGAUUGCAGCUUAAUCGAAUAAACAUUUCUUGACAUCACAACAUCUAACAUCUAUCACAUCUAACAUUAUAUGCAUUACUAGCGUGUCCACGCAAUACAGUACAUACUUGUUUACGUUAGCAAGUGACUGUAUUUUUUAGAAGUUUUAUUAGAACUUUUAAGGUUUUAUUUGGAACUACGUGAAAUGCAGGAACAGAAAAAUCUUUAUGAAUAGUAUAAAUAAUGGCCAUUCC